AUGUCCAGUCAAACCCAAACCCAGCUCCGCACGCUGGCUACGAGGCUCCUUACCGCCUGCCGGCAAGGCUGCCUCCCCACUGUCCGCUCCACCGCCCCCUUGCUCUACGCAAACGCCGCUCAGGAACAGGCACAAGCACAGGCACAGGCACAGGCACAGGCACAGGCACAGGCACAGGCACAGGCACAGGCGCAGGCGCAGGCGCAGUCCAGCGCUUGCUCGCCUGUCCCUCCCCUGAUAAUCGUCCUGGCCACCGCCGCCCAGCACGGCCAAGCCUCCAUCCUCCACUAUCUGCUCACCUCCAUGCCUGCCUGCUCCAAUGCUCCUUCGCCCUGGAGUCCGCCCUUGCCCGCCUCGGUGUCCGAUCAGUGGAAAGAAGCCCUACUGCCGGAUCUCGUCGUCCUCCGCGCCGUUCAAUCAUCUUCGCCGAGCGUGGUGCAAACACUCAUCGACGCAGGUAUGCAUGUUGACCAUAACAUGGACAAGAUAGGCUCACCUCUGAGCAUGGCCAUCCGGACCCAGAGCUUGGAAAUGGUCAAGUUCCUGCUGGACAGGGGAGCCAACGCGAAUGAGAUGCUGUGGAUACCGCACAUCACGUUGCUGGCGCUCGCGGCGGAACAGCCCUGCCAGGACAUCUUGGCCGCCAUGCUGGAGCACGGCGCCAAGCUCUCAGGGUCCGGAGCCUUGUAUGCAGCGGCUGGUGUGGGCAACACGGCCUCGGCCCAGUUCCUGCUCGGCAGGGGGGUGGAUGUGAACGAGGUCUGGAUGAACGAUAUGUGGGGCGAUGAGAGGGAUAACUCGGGCACGGCUCUGCACGCGGCGGCUCUGAAUGCGCAGAAGGACAUGGUCAGCUUUCUCUUGGCAAAAGGUGCCAGGAAGGAUUUGAAGGAUGGGGAGUCGAGGACGCCCGGAGAUGUUGCGCGUGGGACGGGGAACACGGAGAUUGCCACCAUGCUGGAGGUGGAUUAA